UAUUGUUAUGCAUUGCAGAGCAUCUGUCUCUCCUCUAGUGCUCAGUCAGCCUCUGUAGGUUUUUGGGCCCAGACUGUGCAACAGCCUAGCCUAGUCCAGGGCAGGACAUGAGAAAAAGAAGAGUGGUAAAAAAGCAAAUGAGUGCUGCAAGGACUGCUCCUCUUCCAACAGAGGGACAGUCUGCGACCCUGAAUGAUGAACAAGCUCAUCUGGAGUCGGUUGGCCAAUACAUUGAAAAUGUGCAGAGGAAUUAUUCGCAUCCAGCAAAUCUACCACCCCUACCCUCGUCCCGGGGGCCUGCAACCGCAACCGAUUUAGCGGGGUUCGAUGUGUCUCCAGAGAGAUCAGGGGAUCAUGACUUGGAAGAGCCUUACAGUGUGACUGUUUUUGAGAUGACUUGUAAAUCAGUGAUAAAUCCAUGGGAAGGCUUUGAUUUUCAAAGAAACGCAAGAUCUUGCAUUCCCGUUUGCUCUGCAGGGAUAAUAAUAGAGGAACUCCUCUUCCUGCCCUGUGAGAUACGAGCUUCAAGCUCAAAUGGAUUAGAAGGGAUCUCUAUAUCCGCCUGCAUUUGUUGAACGGCCGGGUCGAUAUACACUAUAUCUUCUGUAGUGUCUUCCAAUUGCUUAGCAUGAUCUCUAUCAUGCAUUUCUGCCAGUCCGAUUUCAUCUGCCAGAUUCAUUGCCAUUAUCUCCCUCUCCGGGCUGCCUAAAAAGCCCUUGUGUGAUAUAGACCAGUCCAGGCAAGAAGGAAUGGCUUUCCAUUCUUGAUCUGCAUUAUACUGGGAAAGGGAAGUAAAAAAGCUUGUAAUUUUUUGCUGGCCCUUUAACUCAGGAUAAGGGCUUUCAGCCUGUUGUAGCAAUGGUGGAGAAACAAGCCGGGUCUUUCCACAAUUUUUUUUCUUUAUUUUGUUUUCCCUGGGCAAACUCUCCAAGGGAAGAGGGAGGCCCAAGGCUUUCCUUUCCUUUCUCAUUAGUACCAUAUGUUAAUCUACCGACUUCAAAAGUUAAGGGAGUAAGGAGGCUGUUAAUCAAUUGUUAGCGAAGAGUGGGAGGAAUUUAUGCUUGCUCUUCUGUAUGAAAGCAUCCAGUUCACUUUUAAACUCCAAAUUCUCCAGACAAGUGUAUAAACAUGAAGUCUGUAGAUUGCUGAAUUGCUUUUAAAGAAAAUGUAAUCCAGAAAGUUAAUUGUCCAGAAAAAAGCUAAGCCGAUAGAGCCGGCAGGGAAAAGCUCACCCUUCAUCAGCAACCGGAACCGGAAGUCCGGUUUGCAUUAAUAUAGAUAUUUAAACACACAUUUACCCAAUAUAUGCAAUUUUGUGCACAUUACGAGGCUGGAAAGCUGCACUGUAAAAUUCGGAGAGGUGCGAAUUUAGAUGUGUUCAGUCCAUGUACUGUUUCCAAAAGUGUGAAUUGGGUAGGUUCACCUAUAAAUGUGAACUGAUUUGAAUUUCCCCCCUCAUCUCUAGAAGCAGGUGAGGCUGUGAGAGAGUAACUGGCCCAAGAUCUCACCAUGACCUUCGUGACUUUUGAAACCAGUUUUCUCCCCAUUCAUGCAUGUGUUUGAGGUAUGGGCAGUGCCGGGGGGGAGGGGAGUUAGGCAAGCACCCCCCAAACAAGGAGCCCAUUCUUGUCUAGUAUAUUCUGCGCACCUAGAAAUAUACUUUGCCCCUUCUGUCCCCCCAAAAAAAUUCUUUUCUGGUGUUGCUUCUGGCUUGAGGAAGAGUGGACAGGAAUCAAAGAAAAGGCAGCCUUUUUCAUACGUGUAUCUAAAGGGUGGCUUAAGAAUCCUGCCUUUGGUUUUUUG